AUGAUAAGUCGAACUACUAUCAAGAGAUUUCAAUCAACCAUCAGUCAUAGACCGGUUCCAGUACGUGAUCCUAAUGCAGGUAAGAAAUAUAAAUUCUACGAUCUUGUGAUGCGUACAUCAUCACAUCCAACCCAUCCAAUUGAAGCAAGUUUAAUGUCUACCAGAGAAUAUGAAGCAUUGAAAAAGAAAACGAAGACAACAUUUGAAGGUAAUUAUUCAAUUGAUAAUUCAUUAACUCCAGAAGAAAAGAUUGCAAAGAUAUUUGGUGGUAGAAUUAAAGGUGAAGCUCGUGUUUCAUCAAGUAGAAUAACUCGAGGAGAAGGGACGACAAUUGCCGGCAUCGACGUCCCUGCCAGACCACCAGAACCUGACAAUUGUUGUAUGAGUGGUUGUAUCAAUUGUGUUUGGGAAAUGUUUGAUGAAGAUCUUAAAGAAUGGAAUGAUAAGAGAAUAUUAGCUGCAAAAGAAUUAGUAAAAGCAGGUGGAAGAUGGCCAGAAAAUUUCCAUGCUCCUUUAAAAUAUUUAAAGAGAGAAAAUUAUCCAGAAUCAAUUAUGCAUAAAUCUGAAGCUGAAUUGAAAGAAGAGCAAGAGGAAGCAAGUAGAACCAGUGAUGAAGACGAUAGUUGGGGAGGUGUACCAGUUGCCAUUAGAGUCUUUGCUGAGGUUGAAAAGAAGCUUAAGGAAAAGAGAUUGGCAAGAGCUGGUGCCUCUGAAUUAAAUACAUCUAGCAUACCUACUCCUCCACACGUGACUCAAAAUCCUCCAAGACCUCAAGCAACAGCAUAA